AUGGAGCUUACAGGCCAUUCAGGCGAAAUCUUCUCUACCCGAUUUGAUCCUACCGGCCAACAUAUAGCUUCUUCUGGAAUGGACCGAUCUAUACGUGCCAUUCUCGAUCUUCAAUGGUCCCGGGACUCACAUACCCUUUUUUCGGCUUCCGCAGACAUGACCCUAGCGAGCUGGGACCUGGAAUCAGGGACACGCAUACGGCGCUAUAUAGAUCACACUGAAAUCGUUAAUUGUUUGGAUAUCAGCCGGCGUGGCCAGGAGUUGUUGAUUAGUGGUAGCGAUGAUGGAAGUAUCGGUAUAUGGGAUCCUCGCCAAAAGACAGCCAUUGAUUAUCUUGAAUCAUCCGCCGCGAUGCCUGUGACUGCUGUCGCCCUCUCCGAAGCUGGGAACGAGAUAUACUCUGGUGGAAUUGAAAAUGAUAUACAUGUCUGGGAUAUCCGGAAGCGCGCCAUCACGUAUUCCAUGAUUGGGCAUACAGAUACGAUCUCAUCUUUACAGAUUUCUCCGGAUUCUCAGACUCUCUUAUCCAACUCCCAUGAUUCAACAGCACGGACAUGGGAUAUACGCCCCUUCGCCCCCGCAGAUCGUCAUAUUCGAACAUUUGAUGGAGCACCGACAGGCCUCGAAAAGAAUCUAAUCCGGGCAAGUUGGGAUGCGAAAGGCGAGAUGGUCGCGGCCGGUAGUGGGGACAGGAGUGUUGUUGUGUGGGAUGUCAAGACGGGAAAGUUGCUAUACAAGCUCCCUGGUCACAAGGGAACCGUGAACGAUGUUCGAUUCACGCCGGCCGAUGAACCCAUUAGUAAGUUCAGCUUUGUGAAAGGGGCUGUUCUGAGGGACGUUCACUAA